UGUUCAUCAUGUACAUGGCGUUGGUCACUAUUCUCCUGAUCAACAUGUUAAUUGCCAUGAUGGGAAAAACUUAUCAAGACAUUGCUGAGAGAAGAAAUGAAUGGAUGAGACAGUGGGCCAGAAUUGUACUUGUAAUGGAGAGAGGAGUGCCCCCUUCCGAGUGUUUGGACCAACUUCUUCGUUAUUCUCAAACCAUGGCUAAUGGAGGGAGAGCACUUGUGUUGCGACUACAACAAAACGAACAAGAGAUGGAAGAGAUGAGAGAACUAGGAGAGCUCAAGGCUAAAUAUCUAGAGAACAAAAGACGUCAAGAAGCAGGGUCCAAAGUUUUAUCCCCUCGUUGCACUCCGUUUAAACCACCGAGUACCAUCACCUUAUAAAUCAACUAACGUUCCUGCUUAUUGU